CCUGUCUCCAAACUUUUCAAACUCAGACGCUCCACGCGCAGCUGUAGCGACUAGGAACUAUCAUCUUAUGCUAAUUAGGAAAGGGGAACUUCAAGUCUUAGGCGAGCUCCUCGUCGAGUUCACGUCAAAAAUAGUAAAACACGAGCAUGGAAUCCAAACCGCUUGGCAGAGGAUUGCGUGGAAAGACAUGCGUGUCGUGGUUGUGUUGGCUCGUGCUGGCCACAAGUGGAGUUACCAGCAAGACAUUCCAGUCCCUGUCCUCAUUGGGUAUUUCCACGACUCACCUUUUCUGGACCUGUCCGGAAGGAGCAACGUUCACACCUGAGUGUGCUCAGACAGGGACUGCCUUGGCACCCUCCGACGUCUUAAAGCAUGCCUGGCUUUUCACGCCACACACUGACCAACACUGCACACGAGUGGUGGGACCACGCCACAUGACGUACGGUCAUACGCAUGGAAACCACAGUGUGCCAGCCGGGUUGAAAUUUGGAACUUCAAACAACAACUUCUGGAUGGUAAUGCAGAAUGUGACCUUCGCUGACCAGGGUCGUUACUGCUGUAUGGUCCUUGACCUUCAGCAGGACCACAAACAUGUGCAGCGUGCCCACGCCCAUUUGAUACUACACGUGACACCACGAAGAAAUGGAACUCAAGAAUGCUCAUUCACAGAUAUUACACUACCUGGAGGGGCUGUGCCUGUCGCUUUGGCCAUAGCAGCCUGCAUCUUGGCUCUACUUUCAAUGCCUGUUAUUCUGCUACUCGUCUACAGACAGAGGCAGAACAAUCAGUCAAACAGACGUGCACAAGAGUUGGUGAGAAUGGACAGUGAAGCUCAGGGCCAUGAGAACCCAGUGUUUCUUGGGGAAUCGCCACAAGUGAAGACCCGUACUGUUGCUCAGAUUAUGACACGGCAGUCCUCAGGAACAGGUCGACACCUGUUAUCUGAACCCGAAACCCCCAUGUCCCCUCCUGCACAUGGGGAUGUAUUUUUCCCAGCAGAAGACACCAUCCCCGAGUCCCCAGACAUGCUUCUGCUUUAAAAGAGGCAGCAGACUCCCCGCACCCCUUGCAAAAAGGGAUCAAACCGCCGCCCCCUACUCGCUCUAAUUGGUGACCUGGAAACAGCUUUGCGGCUUCUUGUCUUCAUCUCUCUGCUUUCAGAGCAACAUUUACCAUGGUCUGUCUCACAAUUACUUCGCCUGGGAAUAUCCGCGUUACCACGUCUAGUCCGGAGGAGGCAACAGACUGACCGUAUUUGGGCUUCUAAACGCUCCUUCCUGCACCUGUCACAGCAGCUGGAGGCCAGAAACAAACUUGUGAUCGUAAACUUAUUUUGCUGUGGGUGAAAGUGUGUGAUGGCUUACGGGUUCGACUCUGACGAGUUGAUAUUUCAGCAAAAUUCAUAUGUGACGAGUGGUGUUCAUGUUUGGAUCAAUUUUGUGCGUUAGGCACACGGUCAAAACUAUCUUUUUUUUUUUUAAUACCGAUCGUUACAGGUGAGCUGGACUCUGCCCAACUGGGUACCCUCUGUACGGGCCAAUCACUGGGAACAUAUAGACAAAAUGGACAAUUUAGGCUCCCUAACAUAACAUUCAUGUUUUUGGGAACGGGGAUAACUUGCAAAUUACACACAAAAUUGGACAGGUGAAGAUUUGUACCCUUGAUCUCAUGACUCCAAGAGCCAACAGGCUAUCUAUAGCCUGCCAUGCUUCGAACAUACUGUGGGCCAAAUAGUCCGAUUUUGUCCAUCCCUACUUCCAGCAAGAUGCAAAUCCCAGAUGACUAUAGAUACUCGGUCAAUCACAGUUUGAUUAAUAAUGCAGCAUUAAGUGGUGAAAUUAUCCCACACCACAUGCACAGACCAAAAAAGGGGGGGUCUAGUCACUGUAAAUCUGCAGCGUGUUUACAUUUCUGUGUUCCUUCCAGUUCUGCAAAAGUUGCAGAUCACCGAGCAGGUUCAGUGUUUCAAGUGAGCUGAACUGAAGAUGUGAAAGUAGAAAACAAGAUGUGUCCUUUUCUGCUCUAAAUAUAUCUUCCCCACCGAGCACAAUCAAAACUUUGAAUAUGUGUUCCUUUAUCAUCUAUAGUUUGAUAAUAAUAAUAAUAAUAGCCCAAAGUCUUUAUUAAAAAAUAAUAUAAAACUUUGCGCCGCCCUCUUUGUAAAGUAAAUGUGGUGGUGGCCUUAGGUCAGAAUUACUUGUACUCUCAUCAAUGUGGGUGAGUGACAGCAGAGAUAACGUAGUCAUGGCGACUGUGAGGAAUUGUCAGUUCCUCACUAUGAUUGUACAGAAAGUGCUUCUUGGUAUUUUGUUGCAGGUUCACAGAACAGGGUAGUGUGUAUGUGUGUGUGUGUGUGUGUAUAUAUAUAUAUAUAUAUAUAUAUAGAUAUGUAUGUAUGUUUUUCUUGCAAAUUUACAUUCAUCAUAAAGUGGCCAAAGAGGAUUUAAUGUCUGUUAUUCACAGUGUGAAUAAAAACAUUGUUUUGUAUAUUAUGGCUGUCCGUAAAUCAUGAGAAUUGCAGCUCAGUAAAUAAAUCUGGUCUUCCACUCCAA